CCCUGCCCGCCGCUGCAGGCAGCGCGGCACCGGCACCGGGCACCCCUUUAUAGGCUCUGCCCGAGGGGGUGGGGGGCGGCGGCGGCCCCAGCCCCGAGGGGGCGGCUCCCCCCUAAAAGCCGGCGGCGGGACGCGCGGCGGGCAGAGGCGCGGCCGGCGCUCCCCGGUGCUCCGGGGCCGGCGCUCCCCGGUGCCGCUGCGGCUCGGCCCGCCAUGCCCCCGCGGGGGCCGCUCGCCCGGGCUCCGGCUCCUCGUUCCCGGUACAGCAGCAGCCGCCGCCGCCGCUACCGCUCGCCGCCGCCGCGCCCGAGGCUCUGAGCGCCGCCGCCGCCGCCGCCGCCGCCGCCGGGAGACCGCGCCCGCCCCGGCUCCAAGAUGCUCCGCCAAGGGGGGUUUGCGGAGCUGCUGCUGGUGCUGCUGGGGCUGAAGGUGCCCGCUGCCCUGGGCUGCCCCACCGACUGCGUGUGCUACCCCUCCCCGAUGACUGUCAGCUGCCAGGCUCACAACUUCGUCACCAUCCCCGAGGGCAUCCCCGAGGACAGCGAGAGGAUCUUCCUCCAAAACAACCAGAUCACCUUGCUGCUGCGGGGCCACUUCAGCCCUUCCAUGGUCACCCUCUGGAUCUACUCCAACAACAUCACCUUCAUCGACCCCAACACCUUCGAUGGGUUCAUCAACCUGGAAGAGCUGGACCUGGGGGACAACCGCUACUUAAGGGCUUUAGCUGCAGACACUUUCCAAGGGCUGGUGAAACUCCACGCCUUGUAUCUGUACAAGUGCGGGCUGAGCUCUCUCCCCAGCGGGAUUUUCGGUGGCCUCCACAACCUGCAAUACCUUUACCUGCAAGACAACCACAUUGAGUUCCUGCAGGAUGAUAUUUUUGUUGACUUGGUUAACCUCAGCCAUCUUUUUCUCCAUGGAAACAAGCUCUGGAGCCUCCAUCAGAACACGUUCAGGGGACUAAUAAACCUGGAUCGGCUGCUCAUCCAUCAAAAUCAGCUGCAGUGGAUUCAUAGGCGGGCUUUUCAUGACCUCCGAAGAUUGACCACCCUUUUCCUGUUCAAUAACAGCCUCUCGGAGCUGCAGGGGGACUGCCUGGCCCACCUGGGAGCCCUGGAGUUUCUCAGGCUGAACGGGAACCCAUGGAGCUGCGACUGCAAAGCCCGUUCCCUCUGGGAAUGGCUGCACAGGUUCAGAGGCUCCAGCUCCAGCGUCAUCUGCGAGUCCCCCGAGCAGAUGCACGGCAAGGACCUCAAGGUGCUAAGAGCAGAAGACUUUAGGAACUGUUCAGGGUCCGAGUCGCUCCACCAGAUGAAAACACACACCUUCUCCACGGCGGACAGAGGAGCCUCCAAAUCCCACCACCCUCACCACUCCUCCAAGGAGAAGGGGAAGGAGCGAGGGGCUGAGAACAGUUUGCACAGCAACCAGCCCGCCGGCCCCCCCGGCUCCCGGCCGGGCUUCCGCAAACCCGGCAAGAACUGCACCAGCCACAAAAGCCGGAACCGAACCUCCAAACCGGUGUCCUUGGGGCCGCGCAAAAACGGGCAGGAGGUCCCAGACUAUGUGCCUGAUUAUCAGCACAAAUACAGCUUCGGGGCCAUGCCCACGCUGUCCCCCAAGCGCAAGGGUAAGUGCACCCGGCGGACGCCCAUCCGCCCGCCCAGCGGGGUGCAGCAGGCGGCCGGCUGCCCGGGGCUCAGGGCGUCGCUCCUGGUUUUUAUGGUGGUGUUGGCGGCCGUCAUCCGCUGAGCCCCCCCAGCCCCGGCCGCGGACGGAGCGGAGCUGUACUGCCACCAAUCUACAAAGGACCAGAGUUUCUUUUCUUCUUGUUUUUUUGUACGUGGCUCAGCGUUGGCCUGGCGAAGGGAAGAACGUUGUCUCGGCUUCUGAGGGUUGUCUCCGUGCCCGGCCGGACUGUGCCGAGCGCGGUGGGAGCAGAUUAAAAGGCAUUAUCACACCUUGUCACAAACAGCCUAACCGAGCACCUACAACAAUAGCAACAAAAAAGCCAACCUUACGAAAAGCAGAUAACGGGGAUGGUAACCAAUUCGUCGGUGACAACACCCAGACAAAUGGACUGUAUCCAUGCUCUUGUGAAAUCCCGUUCGUUUGAGAGCGCUCCGAACGACCCCUCCAAUUACUGAAGGAACAUAAUUGCUGUAAAAACCAUCACCGAUUAAGCCUACACUGUUUCUCUCUGAAAGUGAGUGCAAGGACACUGAUACCGAUGUAAUAAGGACAUUUGGUUCUCCCACGUUUUAGCCCUUUUGGCUCCAAACCCAGAGGCCAAAGUUGGCUGGGAAUCUCUUAGAAGACAAUCUCAAACCCCUGAAUAUCUCAGGCAUUACAGCAGAACAGGGCUUGCCUGCUGGGCUUGGAGUAGCCGACAACCAAAGGAAAGACUGAUUAGAGGUGGAAUUAAACAAGAAAAAACCCAAACCCCAACAAACCCAACACAUAAAGAAAUGAGGUACCUGCAGGAGGUGUGUUUUUUGUAACCAUGUUCACACAUCUGAGAAAAAAACCCCAACAAUUGCACAGGCUCCCCCUCUUCCCCUCAAUUAUCCAUAUGUAUGUCUUACAAUGUUUAUAAACUAUAUGGAAACUGUAUCUUCAGAACUAAGGAUUGUAUUAUUGAAUUUAUAGCAGACCAGUAUAUGAUUUUUUUUUUUUUUCCUUGAGAAAACAAACCGGCAGCAGUGCCUACAGAUGCUGAAAGCCAUCAGGCGGGCUCAGUACACGCGGGGGAACCACAACGGACCAAUGUUCUCAGCAAUUCAGAGCACUAAACUUUGGGAGGGGUCGGGGGGUGGUUGUGUGCGAUGCAGCAAAGUCCAUACCCAGAGAGCCAAAAUUCACCCUUACAUCCUAAUUUGUAACUGGCAUGGGGGAGAGAGAGAGAUUAAUUAGCCCAAAUAAAUAGAGCCAUAGAGCUCUGUCUCCGGAGAGCACGCGAGGCCCCGGGGAGGAAAGGGGCUGGUUUUGGGGCUGGAGGCAGAGAGGGGCUUCCCAGCCGUGGCAGUGGCGUGAGGACCUUUAUAGCUGGACUAAGGUUUUCACUGGGGCAGCGAGGAGCAGCUCCCAGGCUGCAGACAGACCUGACAGAGUCAGGAGGGGUUUUGUUUCUUAAAAGGAACAGAUUCUGGAAGAGUCAGAGUAGGGGGAAGCUACAGCUUGCAGAGGACCGGCGAGAAGCGCGGUGCCCGAGGUUUCUGGUCCAUGGCAGGAGAGAGAAAUCCGUGGUCCAAGAGAGCUGUACAAAGGGGGUUGUGGGGAGGUGGGGGAGAGGGAGCAGAGCAUCCUGCUCCCCUCUUCCUGGGUUAAACCAAGUGCUGGAGGGAUGUGUUUGCUGGUCGGGGGCAUGGCAGAGCUGGCAGCUCCACCGACGGCAGCCCAUGGGCUCGGGGAGGUGCUGCCCAAAUUCUGCAGUUGGUGUGAAUUCCCUGUCAGCGUGGAUGUGUGAGACCAAACAGACACUGAAGUUAAUGAAACAAGGGAAAUAAAAGUGAUCUUGGACAA